GGCUGCCUUGGCGGCUGGAGAUGGCAGUUCCUGAAUUUACUCCUGGUGCCUUCAUACUUCUGUUGCUCAUUAGUUCUGUGGCUAAUUAUCCCAAUGGAAAAGUGACGGAGUCCUGCCAGGGAAUGAUGCCUCAGCAUGGUUACAGUCCCCAGUCUGGUCCUGUUCACAGCAUUUCCGUGAGUCAGACGACUUUCAGACCAGGAGAUCAGAUCCAAGUUACUUUGUCAGGGCCACCAUUUAAAGGCUUUCUCCUAGAAGCUCGUAAUGCAGAAGAUUUGAAUGGUCAUCCUAUUGGCUCCUUCACACUGAUUGACAGUCACGUGUCACAACUUUUGACCUGUGGAGACAUACAGGGAUCAGCUGUGAGUCAUACAAGUCCAUCCAAAAAAACAGAAAUUAAAGUCUACUGGAAUGCUCCAAGCAGUGCUCCAAAUCACAUACAGUUUCUAGCCACAGUUGUUGAGAAGUAUAAAAUCUACUGGGUGAAAAUUCCUAGUCCCAUAAUUUCACAGCCAAAUGCACUUCCUUUUACAACACCUCAAGCUACAGCACCAUCUUUGCCAACAUCGCCUCCAGUUUCCCAUUUAACUAAAUCAUUCAGUGCCUCUGACUGUGGGAACAAGAAGUUCUGUAUUAGGAGUCCUUUGAACUGUGACCCAGAGAAGGAGGCUGUCUGUGUCUUCUUGUCCUUCACAAGAGAUGACCAAUCAGUGCUGGUUGAAAUGAGUGGUCCCAGUAGAGGCUAUUUAUCCUUUGCGCUGUCUCAGGACCGAUGGAUGGGUGAUGAUGAUGCUUAUCUGUGUGUUCGUGAAGAUCAGACCGUGAACAUACAGCCCUCCCAUCUGACAGGGCGAAGUCACCCAGUGAUGGACUCUAAGGAUACUCUUGAGGAUAUGGCGUGGAGGUUGGCAGAUGGUAUUAUGCAGUGUUCUUUCAGAAGAAACAUUACCCUUCCUGGGGUUAAGAAUAGAUUUGAUCUAAACACAAGCUACUACAUAUUUCUAGCAGGUGGUGCAGCUAAUGGUGGUCAAAUUUACAAGCACUCUGAGCAACCUUUGAUUACAUAUGAGAAACAUGAUGUGACGGAGCGUGCAAAGAGCAUCGGGGGAUCCCAUUCUUUGCUUCUUUUGAAGGCUCAUGGUGCCUUAAUGUUUGUGGCAUGGAUUACCACUGUUAACGUAGGUGUACUGCUCGCCCGGUUCUUCAAACCUGUUUGGUCAAAAACGUUCUUCCUUGGUGAAGCGGUUUGGUUUCAGGUGCAUCGGAUGCUCAUGCUCACGACGUCUGCUCUCACCUGUCUUGCUUUCAUUAUGCCUUUUAUAUACAGAGGAGGCUGGAGUGGGCACACAGGUUACCACCCAUACCUCGGCUGCGCAGUGAUGACGUUAGCAAUUCUUCAGCCUCUUCUGGCAGCCUUCAGGCCACCUCUACAUGACCCCAGAAGGCAAGUGUUUAACUGGACUCAUUGGAGUAUGGGAACAGCUGCUAGAAUAAUAGCAGUGACAGUCAUGUUCCUGGGAAUGGAUUUACCAGGACUGAAUCUUCCUUACCCACAGAAAACCUAUGCAAUGAUUGGAUUCGUAGCCUGGCAUGUUGGGACUGAGAUCAUUCUGGAGAUACAUGCUUAUAAACUUUCUCGAAAAGUUGAAAUAUGGGAUGAUGUUAGAAUUCAGAUCAUUCAGUCCAGGACUAUAGCCGAAGCAGAGGGUCAUACUUUUAAAAAGGCAGUAUUGACAAUUUAUGUUUGUGGGAAUGUGACUUUUCUCAUCAUAUUCUUAUCUGCAAUCAACCAUCUAUGAGGAAGUGAAGACCUUGGAUUUUGUGGGCCAUGUGAUAAUCAUCAUCAACACAAAGAAACUUAAAGGCUGUACUGACUGCCUGGGACACAUUUAUGAAUUCUAAUUUGAAGAAUUAGGGCCAUGUCUCCAGAGGAAUUCUGAAGUCAACAGUCAAGAGGGUCAUAUAGACUAUCAGCUGAUGUCAGACUGUUAUAUGUAAUUCUGGCCCUUAAGGGUGUAUUUGAGGAGAAGUGACUCUUAAAUAUUCAAUGCCAAGAUUUUAAGAAUGUUAGCCUUUUAGAGAAUAAAUAAGAAUGAUUUAGAAAAACAAAACGGAUGUUAUCAGGAUAAAAAGGAGAUUGUAUUAAGGUAUAUAUACAUAUAUUGAACUACAGAGCUGCUGUGUUACUUCAAGAAACAUCUAUUUGUACUUGUUUAUCUGAAUGGUCUUUGGAAUUUUUAAAUAGAAACUGUUUUUCAGCCUAGU